UUUAAACCAUUUUGGAAUAUGUUUUUUUGGAAUAUUGCGUGAAAUGAGCUAAUUUACUUUUUGCCCAAUCAGUUUAGUAGUGGAUUUUUUUUAUGUUUAUUUUUGAGAGAGCGAGUGAGCACAAGUGGGGGAGGGGCAGAGAGAAAGAAGGACAGAGGAUCCAAAGAGGGCUCCAUUCUGACAGCAGUGAGCCUGAUGUGAGGUUCGAACUUGCAAACUGCGAGAUCAUGACCUUAGCUGAAGUCGGAUGCUCAACCGACUGAGCCACCCAGGUACACCAGUUUAGUAGUUUUCCUAGUACUGUUUAUUAAAUAAAUAUUUAUCUUUUUCUGAUUUGAAAUGCUUUAUCAUAUAUGGAAUCUGUUACUUGUUAGUCUGUUCCUGUAUCAUUACCAGAGAGGUUUGUUUUUUUAAAAAAAUGUUUUUUAGUGUAUGUUUAUUUUUGAGAGACAGAAUGUGAGUGGAGGAGGGGCAGAAAGAGAGGGAGACACAGAAUCCAAAGCAAGCUCCAGGCUCUGAGCUGUCAGCACAGAGUCCUAUGCGGGUCUUGAACUCACCAGCCUCGAGACCAUGACCUGAGCUGAAGUUGGAUGCUUAACUGACUGAGCCACCCAGGUGCCUCUGGGUAUUGUUUUAGACCAGUGUUUAGUUCUGAAACUUUUUGCUGUGUUGUUUCUGGUCAUUUUUACACAUGGGUCACUCAGAGGUAUGUCUAGUAUUUUGUACACAUAUUUAGAAAAUUUGUUUCCCUAACUCCCUCUUCACCAUGAUCCUCCCCCCUACUCUCUAGUUGGGCUGGAGUUGGAACUCCGUUUCAUUAUGCCAGGGUGGAGAUAGACUACGUGCCUCUACCCAUAUUCUCCACAGCUGCACCAUGGGGAGGGAGAAAAAGUGCUGCCUCGUUAAUGCAGGAUUGGAAGACAGAACUCUGCUCACAGUUUCUGGGCCACAGUGAGGCCAGCAUGGAUUCCUGGUUCAUUCUUGUUCUGCUUGGCAGUAGUCUGAUACGUGUAGGUGCCAACAAUGCAACCACAGUUUCACCUUCAGUAAGCGUUACAAGAUCUAUGAAAACAUCAACAACAGCAUCAGUUAAAGAAGAGACCAAAACUUCAAGUCCUGCUUCUUCAGUAACUUCUCUGUCUGUGGCACCAACAUUCAGCCCAAAUCUAACACUGGGACCCACCUAUGUAACCACUGUCAAUUCUUCAGACUCUGACAAUGGGACCACAAGAACAGCAAGCACGGAUUCUGUAGUCACUACAAUUUCACCGAAUGGAACGUGGCUUCCAGAUAACCAGCUCACAGAUGCCAGCACAGAACCUUGGGAGGGGAACUCCAGCACCGCGGCAACCACCCCAGAAACUUUCCCUCCUUCAGAUGAGACGCCAAUUAUUGCAGUGAUGGUAGCCCUGUCCUCUCUGCUCGUGAUCGUGUUUAUUAUCAUAGUUCUGUACAUGUUAAGGUUUAAGAAAUACAAGCAAGCUGGGAGCCAUUCCAAUUCUUUCCGUUUAUCCAAUGGCCGCACUGAGGAUGUGGAACCCCAGAGUGUGCCACUUCUGGCCAGGUCUCCAAGCACCAACAGGAAGUAUCCACCCCUACCCGUGGACAAGCUGGAAGAGGAGAUUAACCGGAGAAUGGCUGAUGACAAUAAGCUCUUCAGAGAAGAAUUCAAUGCUCUCCCUGCUUGUCCUAUCCAAGCCACCUGUGAAGCUGCCUCCAAGGAGGAAAACAAGGAAAAAAAUCGAUAUGUCAACAUCUUGCCUUAUGAUCAUUCUAGAGUCCAUCUGACACCAGUUGAAGGAGUUCCAGAUUCUGAUUACAUCAAUGCUUCAUUCAUCAAUGGCUACCAAGAAAAGAACAAAUUCAUUGCUGCACAAGGACCAAAAGAAGAAACAGUGAAUGAUUUCUGGAGGAUGAUCUGGGAACAAAACACAGCCACCAUUGUCAUGGUGACAAACCUGAAGGAGAGAAAGGAGUGUAAGUGUGCCCAGUACUGGCCAGACCAAGGCUGCUGGACCUAUGGGAAUAUCCGAGUGUCAGUAGAGGAUGUGACCGUCCUGGUGGACUACACAGUGCGAAAGUUCUGCAUUCAGCAGGUGGGCGACAUGACCAACAGGAAGCCACAGCGCCUCAUCACUCAGUUCCACUUUACCAGCUGGCCAGACUUUGGGGUGCCUUUCACCCCGAUCGGCAUGCUCAAGUUCCUCAAGAAGGUGAAAGCCUGUAACCCUCAGUAUGCAGGGGCCAUCGUGGUCCACUGCAGUGCGGGUGUAGGGCGUACAGGUACCUUUGUUGUCAUUGAUGCCAUGCUGGACAUGAUGCAUACAGAGCGGAAAGUGGACGUGUAUGGCUUCGUGAGCCGGAUCCGGGCACAGCGCUGCCAGAUGGUGCAAACAGAUAUGCAGUAUGUCUUCAUAUACCAAGCCCUUCUGGAGCAUUAUCUGUACGGAGAUACAGAACUAGAGGUGACCUCUCUAGAAACACAUCUGCAGAAAAUUUACAACAAAAUCCCAGGGACCAGCAACAAUGGAUUAGAGGAGGAGUUUAAGAAAUUAACAUCAAUCAAAAUCCAGAAUGACAAGAUGCGGACUGGAAACCUUCCAGCCAACAUGAAGAAGAACCGGGUUUUACAGAUCAUUCCAUAUGAAUUCAACAGAGUGAUCAUUCCAGUUAAGAGGGGUGAGGAGAACACCGACUACGUGAAUGCAUCCUUCAUUGAUGGCUACCGACAGAAGGACUCCUACAUCGCCAGCCAGGGCCCUCUUCUCCACACCAUUGAGGACUUCUGGCGAAUGAUCUGGGAGUGGAAAUCCUGCUCUAUCGUGAUGCUAACAGAACUGGAGGAGAGAGGCCAGGAGAAAUGUGCCCAGUACUGGCCCUCGGAUGGAGUAGUGUCCUAUGGAGACAUCACAGUAGAGCUGAAGAAGGAGGAGGAAUGUGAGAGCUACACCGUCCGAGACCUCCUAGUCACCAACACCAGGGAGAACAAGAGCCGGCAGAUCCGGCAGUUCCACUUCCAUGGCUGGCCCGAAGUGGGCAUCCCCAGCGACGGAAAGGGCAUGAUCAGCAUCAUCGCAGCCGUGCAGAAGCAGCAGCAACAGUCAGGGAACCACCCCAUCACUGUGCACUGCAGCGCAGGGGCAGGACGGACGGGGACCUUCUGUGCCCUAAGCACAGUCCUGGAACGGGUGAAAGCAGAGGGGAUUUUGGACGUCUUCCAGACCGUCAAGAGCCUGCGGCUACAGAGGCCACACAUGGUCCAGACACUGGAACAGUAUGAGUUCUGCUACAAGGUGGUGCAGGAAUAUAUUGACGCAUUUUCAGACUAUGCCAACUUCAAGUAAGAGGCGAUGAGACCCGGUGGACAGGAAAAUUGCCUUUAAUAUUUUGUAAUAUUCUCUUUUGUUAAUAUACCCAAAAUUGUGUAUAUAUCUUAUAACUGUUUUAGAAAUUGGUACAUAGGCUUCUAUUACCUAUUAGGUGGAGAUUUUAUAUGUAAAUGUGUUAGCACUGAUAGUCCUUUUUCCAAUGUUUUAUUGGGGAAUUAAAUAGUGUGAUGUUUGGAUUGA